ACCAAUUCCACCAUCCACCAACAAUGUCCAAAGUCGUUGAUUUCCUAGCCAGAGUUGCCAUUCCCGCUGGUAUUGCCUUGUCCAGUCUUCAGUAUGCCAUGUACGACGUCAAAGGGGGCUCCAGAGCUGUUAUAUUUGACAGGCUCUCUGGUGUUCAGCAAAACGUUGUUGGCGAAGGUACUCAUUUUCUAGUUCCCUGGUUGCAAAAGGCUGUUAUAUUCGAUGUUAGAACAAAACCAAAAAACAUCACUACCACAACUGGCUCCAAGGAUUUGCAAAUGGUUUCCCUAACUUUAAGAGUCUUGCACAGGCCCGAUGUUAUAAAGUUGCCCAAAAUUUAUCAAACUCUAGGUCUAGACUAUGACGAAAGAGUUUUGCCCUCAAUUGGAAACGAAGUGCUUAAGUCAAUUGUUGCUCAAUUUGAUGCUGCCGAAUUAAUCACUCAAAGGGAAAUUGUAUCCCAAAGAAUCAGACAAGAAUUGGCCAACAGAUCAACUGAAUUCAACAUAAAAUUAGAAGACGUUUCUAUAACCCAUAUGAGCUUUGGUAAAGAAUUCACUAAAGCCGUUGAACAAAAACAAAUUGCUCAACAAGAUGCUGAAAGAGCUAAAUUCAUUGUGGAAAAAGCCGAACAAGAAAGACAAGCCGCCGUUAUUAGAGCAGAAGGUGAGGCAGAAGCUGCUGAAACUAUUUCAAAGGCUCUCGACAAAGCCGGUGAUGGUUUAUUGUUGAUCAGAAGAAUCGACGCUUCAAAAGACAUUGCAACUACUUUAGCUGCCUCUCCAAAUGUCACCUAUUUACCAAGUAACUCGUCUUCAAAUUCAAGUUCCCACUCAACUGGCACUCCAAGUUCUUUAUUAUUGAAUUUAGGUCGCUAACCAAUAUUAUAAAUAUCUCACUUUUCAUAUUUAUAUUUAUAUUUAUAUCUUUAUUAUAUUUAUCAUAUUUAUGUAUAUAGCACUAAAGUUAAUUCUAUUUUAAUUUUAAUUUCAACAAAUUCAUAAUAAAUACAACCGACCAUUAUACUUUUUCACCCAUGCUGAUUCAUUUUUAUUUUGUAUUUUUUUUGCUUUAUUAUAUUAUAUUAUACUAUAUUAUAACUUUUAUAUUACAUUAUAAAUCAGGCAACAUCAACCAUAUCAUCAUCCAUAUCAUCGUCAUCAUCGUCAUCGUCAUCGUUAUUUUCAUCUGACUUAUUAUCGUUCAAAUCUUCCCCAUUUUUCUUUCUUUUUUCU